AUGCUUGAUCAUAUACUCGGCAAGCCAUCGGCCAAUAUUCGGCGCACACAAGUCUUGGGUACGGCCCUGCUCACAGCAAUACUUUUACAGCGCCAAAAGCGCGCUCCCUGGGGCCUACGCUGGCUGGCACAGCUGGACACCAAGCUUCCCAUAUGGAAGGCGCUCCUGUGCUGGUCAACGAUUCUAUAUGUCCUGCGACACAUGGACGAUCUGCUGGGCCUCCAUGCGCCUGAGCCGCUGCGCGAAUACUACAGCCGCAGCUUCUACCGCGCCACAUGGAUCUUCACAGCGCUGGAUGCAGGGUUCUGGACAGCGAUGAGCGUGAGGCCACGGCCGCUGCGGCAUAUUCUAUCGCUGCUGUUCUCAGUAUAUUAUCUCAUUUUCACCAAUAGGGGCGUCGAGAAAGUCAGAAAGGUGAGGGCGCUGAUCACGGUUGACCACUUGCGCGUGUCAUGGAACAAGGGCGUCGACAACCCGCUGCUCAGGCUCAUCAUGAGGCUGCGCUCGAGUAAGUUGACGGUAAACCGCGUAGUCAGCAUACCCAGAUUGUCCGAUGUUGCGCAACUGGAGCCGGCCAAAUGCCACAUAAUGUACGCCGGCCCGGAGGGCGAGUUCAAGUCGUGCCGCCACGUUGUUUUGAACUUUCCGGGCGGCGGGUUUGUUGCCAUGGGGCCCGACUGCCACAAGGACUACCUCAGUGCAUGGGCCGAGCGGACGCAGGCAGUUGUUGUUAGCGUGGACUAUGCCAAGGCGCCUGAGUAUCCGUACCCGUACGCAAUCGACCAGUGUUACGAGGUGUACCGCGACAUUGUCCAGACGAAUGGCCGUUGCCUUGGCCUGCAGCAGCCAGAGCCCCUGCGAAUUGUGCUGGCGGGCGACUCUGCCGGCGGCAACAUCACGGCCAGCGUCAUGUUCCGAAUCCUCGAGUCGUCAGACAGACUGCCCGUGCCCGAGGGUAUUGUUUUUAUUUACGGUUGCUUCAACGUUGACAUCUGCGCGUGGAUGACGCGGCAGGAGACGCGCAUGCUGCUGGGAGCGUCGGAGAGUCGUCCAGUCUAUGUUGACGACCGCGUGCGCGUGGUGCGCAAGACAGCGGCGGCGCCAUUAUCUAGAAACAGCAGCGAUGACGAGGACGAUGAGGACAAAAACAACGGCAAUAUCAGAAGUAGCGAUAGCAGCGGCAGCGACGUUGAGCGUGCAUUUGUCCCGGCACAGACAAGCAAGGAAAUAGGGUACGUCCCCUUGUCGAUGACCAGCAGCUUUACGUACUUCAAUGAUCAGAUUCUAUCCCCUGAAAUGAUGCGCGCCAUGAUCAUAAUGUACGUUGGUCCCAACGGGCGUCCAAACUUUCGCACAGACUACUACCUAUCGCCGCUGGUGGCACCCGACCACCUUUUGGAACGAUUCCCACCGGUCUACUUUAUGUGCGGUGAGAAAGACCCGAUGGUUGACGACACGGUGUUGUUUGCCGCGCGCAUCCGCAAGGCCAAGCAGCGGCGCAUGCAGGCGGCGUCCCCAGCGAAAAAGCCAAAUAAGGGCGACAGGAGACCAUUGGCAGCGGUCAUCAAGGUUAAGCUGCUCGCUGGCAUGUCGCAUGGGUUUAUGCAGAUGUACUCGCUGCUGCCUGAGUCCAAGCAAGUGGCAGCGACGCUGGGCGGCUGGCUCGUGGAGCUGCUAUAUGGCGAUCACACGAUGACGGCGUACUCGCGGUGCGCAUCAAUGGUGUAUAAUUCUGGCCCUCAUUGUCAACAACAGCAGCAGCAGCAGUUACAUGGUGCGGACUACGUGUCGUCGUCAUCAUCAUCAUCGUGGGAGAUUGGCCCGAAUGUCGGCAACAUUGUAUUGCGCAAUGGCCAUGGUCCUAAUCGGCACAGAAGUGUUGUGGAUGAUCUUAUUUCAAUCGAAAUUACGUCGCCGCCGCUGCCAUCAACAUCACCAACAUUAGCGGUGACAGCCGCAGCGGCAUCCUUCAGCAUGAAUGCCGCCGCUCCAGGUAUUUCGGCAGAUAUUUUUGAGAGGGGGCUGCUCGACAAGCAUGGCAUCGAGAUAGUUUCGUCAGCAAACAUGGUGCGGCGCCGCGGGCACGGUUUAGCUGAUCCAUUGAAUUAA